CCCGCCGCGGACGCCCCGGCUCCGCCGAGCCCCCUCCUUCCGUCGGCGCUCGGGCUCACCGCCCCCGGGGGCGUUCCUGCGGUGCCGCGGGCGGGGGGAGGCCCGGUCCCGGCGGGGCUUUGCCCUGAGAGUGAGACAAGCACCAGCGCAGGGAGCCCCGGCCGGUGCGCGGCCGCCGCGGGUCCGAACGAGGGGCUGCCGGCGUCGGGAGCGCCGGGCUGUGACAGACGCGCACCUGCCCGGGCUGGAAGCGCCUCUUCGUGUAGCGGCCGCCCCUCGGGGUCGGACACACUUUGUGGACAUAAACAUUUUUUAAACUUUUUUUAAGAACUCUGGGAUUUUUACAAGCAACCCUCUAGUUUGCCUCGGUUUCCUGCUUCUCCCGCUUCAAGGUAGCAUUUGCUCUGUUCUUCCUGGUACCGUACCACGGGGAUCUGAACGGAACUGACAUUUUAAGUACUCCGGGAACCCUCCGGUCCAUCCACCUGUUUAAGCGAGCAGCUCCGCUUCCUUCUUUUUUCUUUUUUCCCCGUGUCGCCUGUUGGAUGUGAUGGAACUCAUGUUUGCGGAGUGGGAGGACGGGGAGAGGUUCUCCUUCGAGGACUCCGAUCACUUUGAGGAGGACUCCCUUUGUUCCUUCAUCUCAGAGGCGGAGAGCCUUUGCCAGAACUGGAGAGGAUGGCGGAAGCAAUCGGCCGGACCCAAUUCUCCCACUGUCAAAAUGAAAGAUGGGCUGGUGAUCCCAUUGGUGGAACUGUCUGCAAAACAGGUUGCAUUUCACAUUCCAUUUGAGGUCGUGGAAAAAGUUUAUCCUCCAGUUCCUGAGCAACUACAGCUUCGGAUUGCCUUCUGGAGUUUCCCUGAAAAUGAGGAAGAUAUUAGACUAUAUUCUUGUUUGGCUAAUGGCAGUGCAGAUGAGUUCCAGAGAGGGGAGCAGCUGUUCCGAGUGAGGGCAGUCAAAGACCCUCUCCAGAUAGGUUUCCAUCUGAGUGCCACUGUGGUACCCCCGCAGAUGAUGUCUCCCAAAGGUGCAUACAACGUGGCAGUGAUGUUUGACCGAUGCAGGAUCACAUCGUGCAGUUGUACCUGUGGUGCUGGGGCCAAGUGGUGUGCUCACGUCGUGGCGCUCUGUCUCUUCCGGAUACACAACGCAUCUGCGGUAUGUUUACGAGCACCUGUUUCUGAGUCCUUGUCUCGGCUACAAAGAGACCAAUUGCAAAAAUUUGCUCAGUACCUAAUCAGUGAACUUCCACAACAGAUUCUUCCAACUGCUCAGCGUUUGCUGGAUGAGCUGUUAUCUUCUCAGUCAACUGCAAUCAACACAGUGUGUGGAGCCCCAGAUCCCACUGCUGGACCCUCUGCAUCAGAUCAAAGCACCUGGUACCUAGAUGAAUCUACCCUGAGUGACAACAUAAAGAAAACCCUUCAUAAAUUCUGUGGGCCCUCUCCUGUUGUUUUCAGUGAUGUGAAUUCCAUGUAUCUCUCUUCCACGGAGCCUCCGGCUGCUGCUGAGUGGGCCUGUCUUCUGCGUCCCCUGCGAGGGAGAGAGCCUGAGGGAAUCUGGAACCUACUUUCUAUUGUGCGGGAGAUGUUUAAGAGACGGGACAGCAAUGCUGCUCCUUUGCUGGAGAUUCUGACUGACCAGUGUCUGAACUAUGAGCAGAUAACCGGCUGGUGGUACAGUGUGCGGACAUCUGCGUCACACAGCAGUGCUAGCGGGCACACAGGACGUAGCAAUGGGCAGUCAGAAGUAGCUGCUCAUGCCUGUGCAAGUAUGUGUGAUGAGAUGGUGGUUCUUUGGAGGCUGGCUGUCCUUGACCCAACUAUAAGUCCACAGAGGCGCAGGGACCUUUGCUCCCAGCUCAGGCAGUGGCAGCUAAAGGUCAUAGAUAAUGUUAAGAGAGGUCAGCACAAGAAAUCACUGGAGAAGCUAUUCCAGGGUUUCAAGCCAGCAGUGGAAGCCUGUUACUUCAACUGGGAGGAAGCUUAUCCUAUCCCUGGGAUCACCUAUAGCAGUACUGACAAGAAAAACUCAUUCUGUUGGGUUAAGGCCAUCCAACAGAGGAGCUGCCGGUUGCAGUGUGCGGAAACUGCUUGUGAGGCUGGUAGAGCCCAUGGACAGGAGCCUGGGGGACCAUGUCUGCAACCUGGGGACAGGCUGCGUCCCUCACCUCAGGAGCCAGCGGUUCGUCCAAAGGAACUUACUGGAAAGAGAAAAGUUGUCUCUGAAACACCCCAGAGAGUUCUGCGACGACUUUCAGCAGAAGGUGAUAAAGCUGUGUAUAAGAGUGCAGUGGGCAAAGCUAAGUUGCCAGUGAGCAAAGGUUUGACCAGUAAGCAUAGUGGGAAACGCCGCAUGAGCAGUGAAGACAGCUCCCUGGAGCCAGACUUAGCGGAGAUGAGCCUGGAUGACAGCAGCUUGGCUCUGGGUGCAGAAGCCAGCAAUACAUUUAGUUUUACAGAAAGCCCACUGAGCAGGAGCUACAGGGAUGCCUUUGAGGAGGAUGGUGGGGUGUACUUCUCUGAAGGACCUGAGCCCAGUGUCAGGAGCAGUUCCACGGGCAAGAAAUCGACCAAGGAUCCUGUGGGAGAGACAGGUAGUGGUGAUGAUGACCUGACUUCUGCGGAUGAGAACAGCGGUGGUGUGAGCCUGAAGCCAGAAGAAGUAGGAGAGAAUGGUGCAGCAGGUGGAGGGGAUGACGGAGAAGAGGAAGAUGAUUACCAGGUAUAUUAUCUGAAUCCACAAGAGGUAGCCAAGGAAGAUGAUGACAAAGCUGAAGGGGGAAAUGAAGAGGAGCAGGAUAUAUUUGCUGGUAUAAAGCCUCUGGAGCAGGAGAACCGGAUGGAGAUCCUGUUUGCUUGUGCAGAAGCCCUGUAUGCACAUGGAUACAGUAAUGAAGCAUGUCGCUUAACUGUAGAACUUGCCAGGGACCUAUUAGCCAACCCUCCAGAUCUCAAAGUGGAGCAGCCACCAACUAAGGGCAAAAAGAACAAGGUAUCAACCAGCAAGCAAACAUGGAUGGCAACCAACACCUUGUCCAAAGCUGCUUUCCUGCUGACUGUAUUGAGUGAGCGGCUGGAGUACCACAACCUGGCCUUCCGAAUAGGAAUGUUUGCUCUGGAGCUGCAGAGACCGCCUGCCUCUACAAAGGCACUGGAGGUGAAGCUGGCAUAUCAGGAGUCUGAGAUUGCAGCCCUCUUGAAGAAGAUUCCCUUGGUCACUAAUGAGAUGAAUACUAUUCGAGGAAGAGCUGAAGAACUGCGAGAAGGCACAUUAUGUGAUUAUCGUCCUGUCCUGCCUCUCAUGUUGGCUAGCUUUAUAUUUGAUGUCCUGUGCACUCCAGUGGUUUCUCCUACAGGCUGCAGACCUCCAAGUCGCAAUUGGAAUAAUGAAAUGCCUGGAGAUGAAGAGCUUGGUUUUGAAGCAGCUGUUGCUGCUCUUGGCAUGAAGACAACUGUCAGUGAAGCAGAACAUCCUCUGUUGUGUGAAGGCACUCGAAGGGAGAAAGGAGAUCUGGCACUAGCUCUGAUGAUUACCUACAAGGAUGAUCAAUCGAAGCUGAAGAAGAUUUUAGACAAACUUCUGGACAGAGAGAGUCAGACUCACAAGCCACAGACUCUGAGUUCCUUCUACUCUUCCAGCAAGCCUACAGUAGCAAACCAAAAAUCUCCUUCCAAACAUGCUGCCCAGUCCACUGCAGCCAUCCAGCAGCUUCCAGGGACUUCAGUCGCUCAGCAAGCUGGUGUAAGCCCAGCAGUUCAGAGCAGUCCUGAGACUUUUGUGGAGAAGAGUUCACAGGAGAGCUCUCAGAGGUCCCCCUGUGAGCCAGCUGGGGAAUCCACUGUCUUGAAACAGGAAGGAAAGGUCCCCAGUCGUCUGGCCCUUGGAAACCGAGGUGGAUACAACGGGAGAUGCUGGGGUUCACCUGUCAGGCAGAAGAAGAAACACACAGGCAUGGCUAGUAUUGACAGCAGUGCUCCUGAAACUACCUCUGACAGUUCUCCAACGCUCAGUCGGCGUCCUCUACGUGGGGGAUGGGCAGCAACAUCCUGGGGCCGAGGACAAGACAGCGACAGCAUCAGUAGUUCUUCAAGUGAUUCACUGGGAUCUUCCUCUUCCAGUGGCAGUAGGAGAGCCAGUGGGGGAGCCCGUGCAAAGACUGUGGAAGUUGGCAGAUAUAAAGGGAGGCGGCUGGAAAGCCAUGCUCCUCAUGUCCCGAACCAGCCUUCAGAGGCAGCUGCCCACUUCUACUUUGAAUUGGCCAAGACAGUCCUUAUCAAAGCAGGUGGAAACAGCAGUACCUCCAUCUUCACCCACCCUUCCUCCAGUGGUGGACACCAGGGACCACACCGCAAUCUUCACCUCUGCGCCUUUGAGAUUGGGCUGUAUGCACUAGGGCUGCACAACUUUGUGUCUCCCAACUGGCUCUCUCGAACUUACUCCUCCCAUGUCUCCUGGAUCACAGGGCAGGCCAUGGAGAUUGGUAGUGCAGCCCUGAACAUCUUAGUGGAGUGUUGGGAUGGACAUCUGACCCCCCCAGAGGUGGCAUCGUUGGCAGACAGAGCCUCGCGGGCCAGAGACUCCAACAUGGUGCGGGCAGCUGCUGAACUGGCACUCAGCUGCCUGCCCCAUGCCCAUGCCCUGAAUCCAAAUGAGAUCCAAAGGGCUCUGGUGCAGUGCAAGGAACAGGACAAUCUGAUGCUGGAAAAGGCCUGUAUGGCAGUAGAAGAGGCAGCCAAGGGAGGUGGCGUUUACCCAGAAGUUCUCUUUGAAGUAGCUCACCAGUGGUACUGGCUUUAUGAACAGAUUGUUGGUGGGACUCCAGCCCAGAGAGAAGGUGCCACUGGCUGCAGUGCCAGUGGUGCACGGGCUGCAUCAGAAGCAGCACGUGGGUUGACAGACAACCGGGUGACCACUGAGCCAACCACCGUAACAGUGGCAGCUGCAGUAACCGCAUCAGCAACGGUCGUGCCAGUGAUCUCUAUGGGGUCAACCAUGUACCAGCAGCAUACAAUGGCAGGACCGGCAAUGGCGCAUACACACACCCAGGGCCUCCACCCUUACACCACCCUUCAGACUCACAUUCCCUGUAAUCCCCAGUAUAUUGGACACACUAUCCAGCACAUGCCACGUCCAGCUGUCUUCCCAGUGCCUGGCUCAGCGUAUCCACAGAGUGUCCAUCCAGCAUUCAUAGGAGCACAGUAUCCCUAUUCGGUAACAACACCAUCAUUGGCAGCUACAGCAGUGUCGUUCCCUGGUGUGCCAGUCCCGUCCAUGACCCAGAUAGCAGUGCAUCCCUACCACAGUGAAACUGGACUGUCACUGUCUUCCAAUGUAGCAAUAGGAAGUGUCCAUGCAGGAUCAACGUUCCCAGCGAUUCAGGGGACUUCCUUGACAUCUCUGUCCUCACAGCCCAACUCCCUUGUUACAGGGGGGUUUCCUGCCGAGGAUGAGCAGCACAGUCAGCCUGUGAGCCCCCAGGGUCUGCACUACCUCCACUCCGCAUACCAAGUUGGGAUGCUGGCUCUGGAGAUGCUUGGCCGAAGAACUCAGAGCGAUCAUCCCAACAACUUCUCCCGCAGUCCACCCUACACAGAGGAUGUAAAAUGGCUCCUUGGGUUGGCUGCAAAGCUAGGUGUAAACUACGUGCAUCAGUUUUGUGUCGGUGCAGCCAAGGGAGUGCUGAACCCUUUUGUGCUUCAGGAUAUCAUCAUGGAAGCUCUACAGAGGCUCAACCCUGCACAUGUGCACAACCAUCUGCGCACCCCAGCCUUCCACCAGCUGGUGCAGAGGUGCCAGCAGGUCUACUUGCAGUACAUCCAUUACCGGCUGAUCCAUCUCGCUCCAGCUGACUACGAUGAUUUUGUGAAUGCCAUCCGCAGCGCCAGAAGCGCCUUCUGCCUGACUCCCGUGGGCAUGAUGCAGUUUAAUGAUAUUCUCCAGAACCUGAAGCGCGGCAAGCAGACAAAGGAUCUGUGGCAAAGGGUCUCUCUAGAAAUGACCACCUUCUCACCGUGACAGCAGAACAAUUAUGGGUAGAGGAGAGAGCGUCUUCUAGAAGGAAAGAAGCAGAAGGAAAUGGGCAAGAAAGCUGAAUGUUUUCAAUACCAGAACAGACCCCUGUAAGAGUUGUCUUCCAGCUGCUGUGGGGCCCAAUCAGAGGAAGAACCAGGGAAUCUCAUCUCAGACUGACAUCAACUGAACAAGCAGCUCAGUGGUCUGAGGCACAGGUCAGUAGUUUUUGCAAGUUUCCAGUCUUCUCUCUGAAAACUAGAGCACUCAGGGAGCUGUGUGGAGGGUUUGCCUUAUCAUUUAUUCAGACCUAUCAGAACAUUUCUUUAUCCUGGAUCUAUUAAUCUUUUGUCGUUCCUGAGCCAUGGAAAUGUAUGUGAACAAGGAUAGGAAGAGUGAGAAAGGGUAUGUUUUUUCCUGCUAUGUGCCUGGAAGUUGCUUGAGGUAAUCUUUCUUUUGUAAGAGAUGAUGGUGAACAAAGAAGCAUUAGUUUACCGUAAGUUAGAAAAAUUAAAAUCCUGUGCAGUUGUCUUAGUUUGAUCACUGUUCCAGACAUGGGGGAAGUACUCAGAUCUAUAGAUUGUACUUCUUCAUGUGUCUUGUAUUCACAGUGAUUUUCUCUGACUUGCUACAUUUAUUAUUUCCUCAUGUGACCACAGGAAAUACGUUUCUUCCCUGAAGAAGUUAAUGGCCAUUUAGUAUCUUUUCCACUUGUAUACAUGUGGUCUUAUAAAUAAAGCUGUUUUUAGGACAGCAGUGUAUCUAAACUUAAUCUUUUGAUUCCUGCAUAGUUUCUCAGUCUGUAGAGGUGGUAGUAUCUUGACUUUAGUGAGGUUGAUAGAUGUACCAAAAUAACAUCUGCAUUCUUGGCUGCUUGGGUCAUCGGGAGGAAUGGUUUGAUUUAGCUCUUAAGCAGUGGAUAAAAUAAAGGCUUUAGUCAUUGCUUGGAACGCACCUCUUGAUACAGAUGGAGCCUUUUUCUGUAAAAAUCAGGCAUAUCAGCCUCUGUGAUGGCCUGCUUCACUUUUUUCCUCCAUAGGGAAAUGCGUAGGACAUAUUCACCUACAACCAUUUUUCUUGCCUGUGAAGGUUUUCCUUUUGAAAGUCCUUUCCAGGACUAUGAGACAAAAGGACAUUAUCUGUCUUUGGACUUUAGCAUCUUUACAGCCAUUGAGUGAUCAGAAUUGUCAUCUGAUGAAUAAUGUGCCCAACAGCUAGGGCUGUUAGUUAGCUGAAAAGUGUGUUUCUUUCUAAUGUUUGUUUACUCUCAUUAGUAUUUAUUUGGGAUAUGUAUUUUCCUUCUCUGAGAAAACCCUGAGAGAAACACCUCGUAGGGGCACACUGAACCUAAACUGUUUGCAUUUUUUUGGUGGUGGGAGUUAGGUUUUUAAUCAAGCUUAGCACGCUUAGAACUGGCUUGGCCACUGCCACAUAGUGCUAGAGGGCAUUGAAGAGUUUAGCAAGAGCAGCACGAGCAGAAAUGGAGUAAGCAAGGUCUUUGUGAAAUUUAAUACAUCCUUGUAUAAAUAAGUUAGCUGAAAUGUGACAUAAAUGUGAAGUAGUUUUCUGUAAGACUUGGUUGUUUCUUGGUUUGUUUUUCUUGUCCAGGAAUCGAGAAAAUGGCACAGUGUUAAAAUGAUGUUUCCAGGGUGCCCUUGGGGGAGAUAUCACAAAAGCAUAAAGGUGUCGAUGACUACAACAGUAUUGAUGACUUUUUUUUUUUUUUAAAUCUAAACUGAAAAAUUAAAAAUGCAGGUUAAGGUAGUGGAACUUAACUAUAAAAAUAUAUACAUAUUUUUUUUAUGACCACAACUGUUGUAUGACUUUGCUUUUAAUCCACCCCUAGUGAUAGAAUGAACUGCUCUCAAUUACAAUUUAUUUAGAAUCUUUUUGGUUUUCCUCUGUGCCCUAAUUAGAGCUUCAUAUGAUGUGAUUAUGGUAAAAUAACAACAGGGAGUCUUUCUUAAUAUUACCAUUUUUGUUUACUACCUCUCCUCUCACUCCUCAGCACAAUUUAAAAGUGGAUUUUGAUCUUCAUUCUACUUCCUGCUCACAUUUUGCUUGGGGGCAGGGUGGGCAAUAGCUCCUGUCAAAGAGCAUCAUUACUCUGUGAGAACUGCGAGUGCAGUCUGGGGAUAUUCUGUGCUAGGGUUUCAGUUUGAGCCUACCAUGAGUUAAAGCUUUUUCUCAGGGCUAACUGCCAAAUACAAGCUUUGUGAGCUGUCACAAGGUAACUCCACUGCUGUAUAUUGUUAAUUGUUGGUAUAACAACAGUGUCUGUGCUCUGUAAGCAAUUGUUUUCUUGUUGAUGUUGCCUGUUUGCAGUUAUAGCGUAACUAUUUAAUGCUGUACAGUCGGCACUGCACAAUUACUCUGUUGCCACUAAGGACAUGAUGAACUAUUAAGGGACUGGGGGGAGAAAUGCUAGCAAUGCAUUAAAAUCUAUUAUAUAUAGUAAUUUGCACAGAGUUGGAAUGGUCUUCCGUAACUUUCUCUUAUUUCAUACUUUAGUUUGUCUUGUUUAAGUCAACUGGGAGUACAUAAUUGUUAGGAAUGCUGGGGCUGUAUGGGCAGCAGUUGUGCAAGCCUUACUGUCAACACGUUGCUAUAAAUCCUGACGUGCACCUUUUCCAAUACUUGACUUGGCAGGGUUCUGAGAACAGUCUGAUUUAUGAUCCUUUGUUGUUACUGCAAAGUAAACUUGAGCUGGAUUUCAGCCUGCUGAUGCAGUGUCAGAAUUACAGACAUAUGGUUUGCAAGCAUUUUGGAGAGACCAGAGAUGUCAAUAAAGUGAUAUGGAUGACAAUGAGGAGGAUUUGAAUCUUGGAAGGAAAAUGCUCUUUAAAGCUAAAAACAAACUGAAUAGAUCAAUAAAUUAUUUCUACGUAUUUCACCACAGCACUGGAGAUUAAAGUGUCAGGGAUACAUUGUUGGUUUUGCUACAAAUUGUAAGGUGUUUUUCAAAGAUGAGAGUAAAAUUUACAUUCUUAAUGUUUAUGGGUGGAGGGUUUUUUCUUUUUUGUUUGUUUGGUUUUUUUUGUUUUAAUUCCAGAAGGCAUUAAGGAAAGAAGGGCACAGAAAGAAACAAUAGUUGAAGCCCUGAUAACUGGAGGGGGGUACAACAACUACUCCAUAUCCUACUGAGUGAAUGGAGCUUUUCUUCUUAGCUUGUGCUUGUUAGAUCACGCUCACCUGGUGGCUUACUCCAUGAUGGACACUGUAAGUCAGGAGUCAGCAUAAGGGAUAAGUAGUGACCACAUUCACGUUCAGGUUGGUUUGUCAUUAGUUUUCUUGCCAUAUUACUACUGCUACAGCAAAAUUAUCCACAAGGAAGGAAAGGAGUCUCUUAUCAACUGUAUAUGUAAAACUGCUGAAGAACAGUAGUAGUGGUAUAUUUGAUCAAGGUGCUCAUUAGAUUAAUCUACUCUUAACACACUCUGUGUUUCUUUCUGACUUCUACAAUCUGUAUGCUUCUGCCAAGACUACGCUUUUGCAGUCCUGUCAUCAAUUAAAAAAAAAAGCAGUUUUCAGGGACCAGAUUUUAUGUAGACUUGAUCUAUGAUGCUACCUACAGAGAAAUUCUCCCAGAGCCUUUAAAACAUCUUCUAUCCUUGUGUACAUGUUCGUAUCAGUUCCCUGUAUUCCCUGUACAGAUUAGAAAGCGGUCAACCAGUAAGUAUCUUUCUAAUUGAUUGAAUUUCAGAGGUUGUGAGUGAGUAAAAGUUUUGGCUUCGUAUUGCUGACCUGUCUUUGUUAAGGUUGGCGUGUAUACUCUGCUGACUUGCUUUUUACUUAUACUUAUUUUUUUAUUUGUUUCUUAACAUUUGUUUUCACAGUUCUCACCUGCUAUACACACUUCCAUUUCUGAAGUGACCUGAUCUGGCUUCUAUUAAAGUCACGGGCCCUUCUGAUACCUUUCUGAUGACUCAGUUUCCUAUGCCAAAAAAAGAAAACAUUAAUACAUUACAAAACAAUUUUCAGGUAAUGUCUUAUGCUUAACAUUUUCCUUGUCUUGAAAGCUAACUACUUACUGUCACGUCCUUCCUUAAAUAGUGAGGCAAGAAGAUAAAGUGUAUUUGCAACUCAGUUCCACUGUCAAAAUGAGCUGCAAGGGUCAGCAGCAAGUAAGUGACUGUGUCAGAAUCAAGUAAUCAGUGUGUCUGGCUACAUCAGGUAAGGACAUUCUACAUUUAGAUCUAGACAUAGCAGGUGAUUUGUUUCUCCAUUGCUGUAAGCAGUAAAAAACCAGCACAGCAACAAAGAAAUCAGUGGGGAUGGAAGGACAAAUAAGGAGAACACAGAGCUGCUCUUUGCUGCCUUGUUUAAAGAACUAUUGUCACUUAACAGCCCUGACUUCUAGUAAGCCCCUUCCAACUUUGCUCCUAGUAUCUUGACUUUUUUUUCCCAAUGUUUGAAUCCAUCUACUUGAAUAUUUACCACAGCCCUGAAGUAAAUGUGUAAGAGACAAUCUGUAAUGAGUUAAGAGAAGGAAGGGAGCUCUGUGUGUAAUGGGGCAGCAGUACCAUUGGUCCUUGGUUCUUCCUGUGGUAGUAUGUAAAAAUACCUGUUUUGCUGAUGCUAUGUUUGUUUCUGAAGUGCUUGGUAAAGUGAGAGAUGAAAGGCUAUUUUAUAAUUCUGCCACAACUGUGACUAUUUAAAUAAUGUUUUGCUCUGUCUUGAAUGUAAGGUUCUGUGUUAUCACAGAUUACUCACGGGCUGCUGGCCAAGGCCAUGCAAUGGCUGCACAUCUGGACAGCAAAGACAGAGCAAAGCUCUGUUGCUGCAGCAUAGCAGCUGGGAGUUACUGCAGUAGCUGGAAAUAGCUCAAAAUUCAUUACUAGUGCAAACCAAUAAGGGUGAGUAUCUGACCACAGGUUCUCUGCUGUACUGGCUUCUGUGAGCCUCCAGUUGCGCAUACCAAGAAAGACAUUUUUACUACACUGUUACAGCUGCGAAAGGAUAUUUCAAUUAUAAUUAAAGCAAACACUUCUGUUGCCCUCUCAAAUAUCAGCUGUAAAUAUCAGCUGUAAGAACUGGAAAAUGUUUUCCAGGGUUUUUUUUUUUUAAUCUUUCUACCAGCUUACGCUCCACGACAUCACUCCAAAUCAUCACAAGGAAGAAAAAUAAGUAGUACAUUUAUUGAAUCCACUUACUACUACUUCUAGCCUUUAUUCAGACACUUGUGCUCAGUUUUGAGAGCCAGGAAUUUCUUCAUUAUCAUUCAAUGUGAAUGAUGCUAUACAUGAUCCAGUGCAGGAAGUUGGGCUCUUCUCUCUAACAGGACUGAGAGAGGGGUUUCUAGUCUUUGUCCUUUUUUUUUGGCUGCACAAAAUAACCCUUUCCAAGGGCACAUGAAAUAAAAUACUAUAUUGCAUACUAUAUACAUUUACAUACAACGGUAAAUGCACCAUUCAAUCAGAAAUACACAAUACCUAAGGCUCAAUGGAAAAGCUUGGUUGAAGCAACUUUUCUCCUCUGGUAGGUGAAAAGGAGCUUGUGACAGUUGUGGAAAUUUCCAUAACCUGUGUUCACAUGGAUCCUGUCCCUCUCUGGAACUGCAGCAAGACAGGUCCAUCUGUGCCCAGGAGGGAGGGACAACAGCCCACACAAAUUCAGAAGCCCAUGGCUCAGCAACAGAAAACAUGUACAACCAUAAUGGAGGAUUUCCUCUGAGAAAAAUUAUCCAACAAACUGCAAGAGGAGGCACAGCACCGUAGUGUACUAAAUUAUUGACUAUGUGCAGAAAUAGCAAUCUAAACAAACAGCCCCUUUUAGAUACAGGAAACCACAUUUUUGCUUAAAAUGCUAAGCCCUCCCUGUAUCUUAGUGGUACUUACUGUGGGUUGAGUUUUUUAUUUCUCCUUGCAGGGGGAUGCUGGACUGCAGGGGGAUUAAACAGGUAUUAUCAUACAUGGUAGAUGCCCUGCAGCUGUUGGAUAGGCAAAAAAUGUUGCUUUUUUUUUUAAAGUUAAUCAGACAGGGGGAACUGAACUGUCUGCUUUCAGCCUUAUUUACCAGUACCUGAGCUUUGCCUUCCCCAGCUACUGUGCUUGCUAACACAGACCUCCAAAGUGCUCAAGGGGACUGACUCAUCAUUCCUUGGGUAUCUUCUGAAAUGGCUGAAGCCCCUAAGAGAAAUACUUGCCACGCUGCUGUGUAUGGCAACCUUUUCCCUAAGAUAAGAAAUUAAUUUGGUGUCAAUGUCUGCAGCUUUGCCUUAUCUCCCACUGCCCCUGGACCAGAGCCAUUGCACACCAUAUUGCACCAGCAGGAUUGCAGAUAAGGACAUGCAAUCUUUUGCCUGUUACAUCUGUCUCCAAGAUGGUGCAGUCCCCAGCACACGCACACACCGUGGCACUGUAAGUAAUGGUCGUGGCCACUGUACUCUAUAGGGGGGGAAAGAGGUGUUCUUGUACCUUGCUG